AUGAGCCUUCCAACAAUUGAUAGAGAAACGCCUGAUUUGGCUAUUGAAGUUAAAAACCUCACCUAUGUUUUCAAAAAUAAACGCCGUGGUCUCGACAACAUCAAUCUAGAGGUUCCUUGGGGCUCUACGAACCUUUUGGUUGGACCGAAUGGAGCUGGAAAAUCCACGUUGCUCAAGAUUUUAGCAGGUAAAACACUCAUCAAACAAGGAAGCUUGCGUCUCGGUGGCUUUGAUCCGUUUGAAUUUCUGUCUGCCAGGAACAGUCAUCACAAUUCUGAUAUCAAUAGCUAUAUCUCAUACUUGGGGACCGAGUGGGCCAACAAUUCUGUGGUUAAGAGAGACAUUCCAGUAAAGCUUUUGAUCUCAUCAAUUGGUGGUGAAAUCUAUAAGGAUAGACGCGAUGAGCUCAUUCAAUUGAUGGAUUUAGAUCCAGACUGGUCGAUGUCCUCGAUCUCAGAUGGAGAACGUAGAAGAGUGCAAUUGGUCAUGGGCCUUCUCAAGCCUUGGAAGCUUCUUUUGCUAGAUGAGGUGACUGUAGACUUGGACGUUAUUGUGAGACAGAAUCUCCUCAAUUUCUUGAAGCGUGAGUGUCGCGAGCGAAACUGUUGUGUUGUCUAUGCCACCCACAUCUUUGAUGGUUUGGGUAAGGAAUGGUGCGACCGAGUCAUCCAUUUGAACGAGGGUAAGAAAACAGAUGACAUCGACAUUGCCAAGAUCAAUUUCACUGCAGAUGUCGACGGGGUGGCUAUUACAACCAAUGCCUCCAAAGAGGUAUCCAACAUUGAUGUUCAAUUAGCAGAGUCUUUGCACCCGCUAGUAUUGCACUGGCUUCAUGAUGACUUAGAGAUCCGCGGCUCGCGUGAGGAGGAAAAGCUUAGAAUUGCAAAGAAGAUCAAUGGCUGGGAUAACUCGCAGGACCACUACUUCGAUAGCGACUCGCGCCUCGGUGACUACUUCAAAGCCACCCGUGGACCCAACUAG